UUAAAUCCUCACCCAUUCCCUUCAAGCUAUUUAUUUGCUACAGGAUGGUCAUCACAAAGUAGAUGAAACACAAAAGUAAGUCACAGCAAACACCAUGCCAUCCGAAGACUGCCAGAAUACUACCUCUGCUAAAAGGGCCAUCAAAAAAAUCAGAACAGCUAGCCUGGUUAUCAGCUUGGCACGAGGUUGGCAGCAGUGGGCAACUGAUCACCACACAAAACAAGCUGAGGAACCCAGCGGAUGGGUGCCCAAUGAGGAGACGCCAUUAAGCAUUCCGUCCAAAAAGAGAAUAUCCCCCAAGCAGCCGACAUCCAUCCAGAAAGACCAAGCAAAGGCUGAUGUGAAGUUGCCAUCAGAACAGGAGGCACCAAAAGAAAAUGAAGGACAGAGUCCAAGUGAGUCCGAAGAAGCCCUCCAGAAACUGCACAUUAGAAGCAAAGAAGUGACCAAAACAGUUGAAAGCAAAAUCUAUGAAAGAGGAAGUGGAGUUAAUUUUCUCAGCAACAAAUAUGAAAAAGAUGAGUGUCUGGAGACAGACAAGGGUAACGAAGACCUCACAAACAUUGACAAACUCCUCAGUGGUAAAAUAUCUCCUACAAGAAGGAGAAAAUGUUCUAACCUGGUAUCAGAGCUGACGAAGGGAUGGAAACAGAUAGAAAAUGAGGACAAAACCUCAGAAAAAGACCUAUGCCAUUAUCGCAGCGACAGCUUGGAUACUGAGGACAGUGGCUUUGGAGGAGAUUCUGAGGACAGGCUUGAUCUAGAAGACAGCAGCCAAGAAAGUGUGAGUGCCAUAAGGAUAAAACGUCCCACAUCAUCACUUGCCAGCAGAAACAUCAAAGCGCCAAAGAAAUACAGUCCUGUUCACAACCUGAAGGGAAGAUGGGAAGGGUGGGCGGAUGAACAUGUUCUAACACAAAAACUCAACCCCUUUAGUGAAGAAUUCGACUAUGAGCUUGCCAUGAGUACCCGCCUGCACAAAGGAGACGCGGGCUACGGUCGUCCCAAAGAGGGGACAAAAACGGCAGAAAGGGCCAUGAGAGCGGAGGCCCACAUCCACCGAGAAAUGAAGGACUUGUGCUUCAUCAUUCGGACAAUGGUCUCUCUCCGACGCGAUGGCAAGGUACAAGUCACUUUUGGAGAAUUAUUUGACAGAUACGUCCGUAUUUCAGAUAAGGUUGUUGGAAUACUCAUGAGGGCCAGGAAACACGGGAUGGUCAGCUUUGAAGGAGAAAUGUUGUGGCAAGGCCGAGAUGAUAAUGUGAUAAUAACUUUGUUAGAAUAACAUUUAGUCCUGGGAUUGUCCCAAGUGUAUUGAUUCUCAGCCAUUUGUUACCUCAGAAUCUGAAAGCUGUCUCUCAGUUUGCUGGAAAGAUCAGAGACAGCAGUUUAUAUUCAAUGUAGUUUGUAUUG